AUGAUACUAGCACCAGGCUCUUGUGUGGACAAGCUGGGCAUGGAAUCCGGAGAGAUUUUGGACGAUGGUAUCGUUGCUUCUGGAUCUGCCCCGGCGAGCGGGCUAGGUCGUCUCAAUGGAAAACCUUGGCUGGCGAGCACACCUCCUCAACCUGUACUUGAGGUCAACUUCGGCUCCGAAGUCCUUCUCAAGCAGAUCUUAACACAGGGUGGUGGCAACCUUGGUGGUUUCGUUUCGGCUUUUACACUGGAAUAUCGCAAGGAAGGUUCUGACUGGAUCAGCGUGCUGGACGACAGCGGCGAUGACAGGAUAUUUGCCGCCAACUCAGACACCAUGUCCAUUGUCAUCACAAAACUUCCACUACCUCUCACUGUUAGUGGAAUUCGUAUUAAGCCAGUGGACUAUCAACCAACCGACAAAGGACAACCACUGUCCCUACGUACAGACUUUCUGGGUUGCUAUAUCCGCACGCCAAGUGUUGUACCACCACCAGGCACACCAAGCAUUGUACCACCACCAGGCACCCCAAGUAUUGUACCACCAUCAGGCACGCCAAGUGUUGUACCACCACCAGGCACGCCAAGUAUUGUACCACCACCAGGCACACCAAUCGUGGUACCACCACCAGGCACACCAAGUGUUGUACCACCACCAGGCACGCCAAGCGUUCUUCCACCACCAGGCACACAAAGUGUUGUACCACCAACAGGCACGCCAAGCGUUGUACCACUACCGGGCACCCCAAGUGUUGUACCACCACCAGGCACGCCAAGCGUUGUACCACCACCAGGCACCCCAAGUGUUUUACCACCACCAGGCACGCCAAGUCUUGUACCACCACCAGGCACGCAAAGUCUUGUACCACCACCAGGCACACCAAGUGUUGUACCACCACCAGGCACACCAAGUGUUGUAUCACCACCAGGAACGCCAAGUGUUCUGCCACCACCAGGCACACCAAGUGUUGUACCACCACCAGGCACGCCAAAUGUUGUAUCACCAACAAGCACACCAAGCGUUGUACCACCAUCAGGCACGCCAAGUGUUAUACCACCACCAGGCACACCAAGUGUUGUACCACCACCAGGAACGCCAAGUGUUAAGCCACCACCUGGCACCCCAAGUGUUGUACCACCACCAAGCACACCAAGUGUUGUGCCACCACCAGGCACACCAAGCGUAGUACCACCAAUAGGCACACCAAGUGUACUACCACCACCAGGCACACCAAGUAUUGUAUCACCACCAGGCACACCAAGCAUUGUACCACCACCAAGCACACCAAGUGUUGUACCACCACCAGGCACACCAAGUGUUAUACCACCACCAGGCACACCAAGUGUAGUACCACCACCAGGCACACCAUCUGUUGUGUCACCACCAGGCACGCCAAGUGUUAUGCCACCACGAGGCACACCAAGUGUUGUACCACCUCCAGGCACACCAAGUGUUGUAUCACCACCAGGCACGCCAAGUGUUGUGCCACCACCAGACACACCAAGCGUAGUACCACCAAUAGGCACACCAAGUGUACUACCACCACCAGGCACACCAAGUAUUGUAUCACCACCAGGCACACCAAGCAUUGUACCACCACCAAGCACACCAAGUGUUGUACCACCACCAGGCACACCAAGUGUUGUACCACCACCAGGCACACCAAGUGUAGUACCACCACCAGGCACACCAAGUGUUGUACCAGCACCAGGCACACCUAGUGUUGUACCACCUCCAGGCACACCAAGUGUUGUACCACCACCAGGUACACCAAGCCUUGUACCACCACCAGGCACACCAACUGUGGUACCACCAAUAGGCACACCAAGUGUAGUACCACCAUCAGGCACACCAAGUGUAGUACCACCACCAGGCACACCAAGUGUACUACUACCACCAGGCACACCAAGUGUUGUACCACCACCAGGCACACCAAGCAUUGUACCACCACCAGGCACACCAGGUCCUGUACCGCCUCCAGGCACACCAAGUGUUGUACCACCACCAGGUACACCAAGCCUUGUACCACCAACACGCACACCAAGUGUAGUGCCACCACCAGGCACACCAAGUGUAGUACCACCACCAGGUACACCAAGUGUAAUACCACCACCAGGCACACCAAGUGUUGUACCACCACCAGGCACACCAAGUGUUGUACCACCACCAGGCACGCCAAGUGUUGUAUCACCACCAACCACACCAACCGUUGUACCACCACCAGGCACACCAAGUGUUGUACCACCACCAGGCACCCCAAGUGUUGUACCACCACCAGGCACGCCAAGUGUUUUACCACCACCAGGAACACCAAGUGUUGUAUCACCACCAGGCACGCCAAGUGUUAUGCCACCACCAGGUACACCAAGUGUAGUACCACCACCAGGCACACCAAGGGUUAUACCAACACCAGGCACACCAAGUGUUGUGUCACCACCAGGCACACCAAGUGUUUUACCACCACCAGGCACGCCGAGUGUUGUAUCACCACCAGGCUCGCCAACUGUUAUGCCACCACCAGGCACACCACGUGUUGUACCACCACCCGGCACGCCAACUGUUAUGCCACCACCAGGCACACCAAGUGUUGUACCACCACCAGGCACACCAAGUGUUGUACCACCACCAGGCACACCAAGUGUUGUACCACCACCAGGCACGCCAAGUGUUGUAUCACCACCAAGCACACCAAGCGUUUUACCACCACCAGGUUCACCAAGUGUUGUACCACCACCAGGAACACCAAGUGUUGUACCACCACCAGGCACGCCAAGCACACCAAGUGUUAUGCCACCACGAGGCACACCUAGCGUUGUACCAUCACCAGGCACCCCAAGUGUUGUACCACCACCAGGCACACCAAGUGUUGUACCACCACAAGGCACGCCAAGUGUUGUAUCACCACCAAGCACACCAACCGUUGUACCACCACCAGGUUCACCAAGCGUUGUACCACCUCCAGGCACACCAAGUGUUGUAUCACCACCAGGCACCCCAAGUGUUGUACCACCACCAGGCCUGCCAAGUGUUGUACCACCACCAGGAACACCAAGUGCUGUAUCACCACCAGGCACGCCAAGUGUUAUGCCACCACCAGGUACACCAAGUGUAGUACCACCACCAGGCACACCAAGGGUUAUACCAACACCAGGCACACCAAGUGUUGUGUCACCACCAGGCACGCCAAGUGUUAUGCCACCACCAGGUACCCCAAGUGUGGUACCACCACCAGGCACACCAAGUGUUGUACCACCUCCAGGCACACCAAGUGUUGUAUCACCACCAGGCACCCCAAGUGUUGUACCACCACCAGGCACGCCAAGUGUUUUACCACCACCAGAAACACCAAGUGUUGUAUCACCACCAGGCACGCCAAGUGUUAUGCCACCACCAGGCACACCAAGUGUUGUAUCACCACCAGGCACCCCAAGUGUUGUACCACCACCAGGCACGCCAAGUGUUUUACCACCACCAGGAACACCAAGUGUUGUAUCACCACCACGCACGCCAAGUGUUAUGCCACCACCAGGUACACCAAGUGUAGUACCACCACCAGGCACACCAAGUGUUAUACCAACACCAGGCACACCAAGUGUUGUGUCACCACCAGGCACACCAAGUGUUGUACCACCACCAGGCACGCCAAGUGUUAUGCCACCACCAGGCACACCAAGUGUUGUAUUACCACCUGGCACCCCAAGUGUUGUACCACCACCAGGCACACCAAGUGUUGUGCCACCACCAGGCACACCAAGUGUAGUACCACCACCAGGCACACCAAGUGUACUACCACCACCAGGCACACCAAGUGUUGUACCACCACCUGGCACACCAAGCAUUGUACCACCACCAGGCACACCAAGUGUUGUACCACAACCAGGCACACCAAGUGUUGUACCACCACCAGGCACACCAAGCGUUGUACCAGCACCAGGCACACCAAGUGUUGUACCAUCACCACGCACACCAAGCGUGGUACCACCACCAUUCACACCAAGUGUUGUACCACCACCAGGCACACCAAGUGUAGUACAACCACCAGGCACACCUAGUGUUGUACCACCACCAGGUUGCGUUGAUGAAGUCAUGGAUAACCCCGAUUUGGUUCCAGAAUCUGCUAUUAGUACAUCUGAUCGAAAUGAAGAUGUGUCCAAUCUGCGACCCUCAAGCGUUUCGGCUUUCCGUAGCAAUGAGGAGAAUCUCUUUGUAGCAGUGAUUUUGUCGCCAACAUUUCCAGUUGAGCUUGAACGUCUGACCUUGACAAAUAAUGAUGAAAAUAAUGUGGACACUUUUGCCCUUGAUGUCAAGACCGACAAAGAUGGUGAUUUUAGACCCUACAAAGACAACGAGGUAUACAGUGGCAGAGAGGAACUGAAAUUGGAUCCGGAUACAAACAUAGUGGCAUUUCGAAUUACCAUUAUAAGCAGGACAGAGCCGUCUCUACCAGUUGUUUUCCGCAUGGAAGUUACAGCCUGUUACAACGCUGAGAGAACCACAACAGCUUCCGUGACGACAACAACAGCCACUCCUGUCCCCAUAACUACCGAAUUCUGUGUUGACCCAAUGGGAAUGGCGGACAAGCGUAUCACCGACGAACAAAUCUCCUUUUCUUCCGCAUCGCGUGAAAGUGGUAAAGGUCGUCUAGGAGGAAAACCUUGGAUCCCUGAGCUGUCUGGUGACGGGACUUACCCCGGAGAAGGACCUCUUGAUCUGCCCUAUAUUGAAGUGACCUUCCAGAGCCUCAUCAUAAUAACUGGACUAGAAACAAUGGGCGGAGGCGCCGAUGGGGGCUAUGUCAAAUCGUUCUAUGUCGAAUACAAAAAAGACAACCAGUGGUCGUAUAUUUCUUCAAAUGGCGCUGCUAAGCUUUUCGGAGCGAACGUCAAUAGCAAGGAAGUACAAACCACAAAGUUUGCUGAAUACUUGGAGUCAGUCAGUGCCAUGCGAAUCUACCCAAAUACCUAUGAUCAAGUUAAUGGGCUCUCCCUUAGUUUGGAAAUUCUGGGCUGCGGGCAAGGCACACCAAGUGUACUACCACCACCAAGCACAUCAAGCAUUGUCCCACCACCAGUCACACCAAGUGUUGUACCACCUCCAGGCACACCAAGUGUUGUACCACCACCAGGCACACCAAGCGUUGUACCACCACCAGGCACACCAAGUGUAGUACCUCCACCAGGCACACCAAGCGUUCUACCACCAAAAAGCACACCAAGUGUUAUGCCACCACCAGGGACACCAAGUGUAGUACCUCCACCAGGCACACCAAGCGUUGUACCACCACCAGGCACGCCAAGUGUUCUACCACCACCAGGCACGCCAAGUAUUGUGCCCCCACCAAGCACACCAAGUGUUGUACCACCACCAGACACACCAAGAGUAGUACCACCACCAGGCACGCCAAGUGUAGUACCACCACCAGGCACGCCAAGUGUUGUGCCCCCACCAGGCACACCAAGUGUUGUACCACCACCAGGCACGCCAAGUGUUGCGCCCCCACCAGGCACACCAAGCGUUGUACCACCACCAGGCACACCAAGUGUUGUGCCACCACAAGGCACGCCAAGUGUUAUGCCACCACCAGGGACACCAAGUGUAGUACCACCACCAGGCACACCAAGCGUUGUACCACCACCACGCACACCAAGUGUUGUACCACCACCAGGCACACCAAGCGUUGUACCACCACCAGGCAUGCCAAGUGUUGUGCCCCCACCAGGCACACCAAGUGUUGUACCACCACCAAACACACCAAGUGUAGUACCACCACCAGGCACGCCAAGUGUAGUACCACCACCAGGCACGCCAAGUGUUGUACCCCCACCAGGCACACCAAGUGUUGUACCACCACCAGGCACGCCAAGUGUUGUGCCCCCACCAGGCACGCCAAGCGUUGCACCACCACCAGGCACAAGUGUUGUGCCACCACCAAGCACGCCAAGUGUUAUGCCACCA